AUGGCCCUUGACACCAACACUGUCAUUGCACUCCCAGCGGCACUCGUUCCAGACCGCCCAGGCAUGUGGCCCCAUGUGGCGUGGCUGCAGGCCCGCUACGGUGGCAUCCCGACACCCAUGGACCCAAGGGACUUUUGCCACGUCAUCGCCGCGGUCCGCGCCAAGUUUGAGGUCAGCAUGUCCAACAAGACUGCGACGGUGCUGCUGGAGUUUGCCCUCAAGCUCCACGACCUGACCAUAACGCAAGGCGAGGCGCGGGGCUCGUACAUCCACAAGCCUGUGGCGAUCCCGAUCGAGCUGCUGCUGUUCUCCAAGAUUGCCGAGUAUCCGGGUCUCGUGGCGAGCCAGGCCAAGUUUGGCGGCAUUGUUGUGCCGGUCGAGUCGGACGAUUUUGUGGCUGCGAGCAACCUCGUGGCUCUGGCACAACGGAUUGGCGGCAAGCCGACACGCCUCGCGGCGACCACGUUUUGGGACCGGGUGUUUGUUGCCACGCAGUAUCCUCGCGCGAUUGGAUACGACAGCGGAAGGCUCAAGAGCGUCCGUAGCUGCGACACACUGUUUGAGGCAUAG